AUUGACCCCAAAGACUACACUUUUUCUGGACUUAAAGACAAAACUGUGGGUCGACUGCCUGGAAAAGUAGCAGGGCAACAAUUUGUCAUUCAGGACUGUGAGAACUGUAGUAUCUACAUAUUUGACCAUUCUGCCACAAUCACUAUUGAUGACUGUGUGAACUGCCAAAUCUUUUUAGGACCGAUAAAAGGCAGCGUGUUUUUCCGUGACUGCAAAGAUUGUAAGUGCGUAGUGGCCUGCCAACAGUUUCGCACUCGGGACUGCAGAAAGUUGGAGGUAUUCUUGUGCUGUGCCACUCAGCCCAUCAUUGAGUCCUCCACAGGUAUGAAAUUUGGAUGUUUCCAGUACUAUUAUCCUGAGCUUGCUUUGCAAUUUAAAGAUGCUGGGCUGAGUAUCUUCAAUAACACGUGGAGCAACAUCCAUGACUUUACCCCUGUGUCAGGAGAAAAUAACUGGGGCCUUCUGCCUGAGGAUGCGGUUGUCCAAGAUUAUGUUCCUCUGCCCAGCUCUGAGGAGCUGAAAGCUGUCAGAAUUUCUACUGAUGCUGUAAAGAGCAUAAUACCAGUAACUCGAGGGCGGAGACAGAAAAGCAGUGAUGAAUCGUGUUUGGCCGUGUUUUUCGCUGGUGACUACACAACUGCGAAUGCCAGGAAGUUAAUUGAUGAGAUGACUGGUAAAGGCUUUCAGCUAGUACAGACUAAAGAAGUCUCAAUGAAGGCAGAGGAUGCUCACAGAGUUUUCCAGCAGCGUGCAUCAGAAUUCAUUCCACUGCUUGAAAAAGGUCCAGUAGUUGCUUUGGAGUUCAGUGGAGAUGGUGCUGUGGAAGGAUGUCAAAGCACUAUAAAUGAUGUUUUUAGCGGGACCAAGGUUUUUGUAUCAGAGAGCAAGGCAUCAGCAUCUCAAGAUGUAGACAAUUUCUACAACUUUGCUGACAUGCAGAUGGGAAUGUGAAGUUUGACAUGAAGGUGUUCACAUACGGUUUGUCUCUGCACUUGGAUGUCACUUGACUUGGAUAUUGCAGUAAUAUCUGAGAAUUUUUGUCAUUUGGUUUUGUAUUUCUCUUAUAUCCCUUUUAUAAAGCUAUUG